AUGGAGAAGAGGAGUGGAGAUAGUCACCCGGUGUGCUUAUUACUUCAUUUGCUUUGGGUUUUGCUGAAGAGAGCACUUGAAGAUCCCACGAGGAAACCGUGCAUUGGAAACCAGCAGAGCUUGGCACACAGUCGACUUUGGGAUGCUGUGGUCGGUUUCCUCCACGUCUUUGCAGACAUGCAAAUGAAACUCUCGCAGGAUUCCAGCCAAAUUGAGCUGCUGAAGGAGCUGUUGGACCUUCUGCAGGACAUGGUGGUGAUGCUCCCGUCACUUCUAGAAGGCAAUGUGGUAAAUGGAACCAUCGGCAAACAAAUGGUAGACACCCUUGCGGAAUCGUCAAGCAAUGUGGAAAUGAUCUUGAAGUUCUUUGAUAUGUUCUUGAAAUCGAAAGAUCUAACGAGCUCUGAUGCGUUCAAAGAGUACGAUCCGGAAGGAAAAGGCAUCAUAUCCAAAAAAGAAUUCCAGAAGGCCAUGGAGGGCCAGAAGCAAUAUACACAGUCCGAAAUUGAAUUCCUCCUUUCCUGUGCCGAGGCGGAUGAAAAUGAUAUGUUUAACUAUGUUGAAUUUGUAGAUAGAUUUCACGAACCGGCAAAGGACAUCGGGUUCAACGUAGCUGUUCUGUUGACUAACCUCUCCGAACAUAUGCCGAACGAUUCCCGACUCCAGUGUCUGCUAGAUCCCGCAAAUAGCGUACUGAGUUACUUCUCUCCGUACCUUGGACGUAUUGAGAUCAUGGGCGGAGCCAAAAGGAUAGAAAGAGUUUACUUUGAGAUCAGCGAGUCAAGCCGGACACAAUGGGAGAAGCCCCAAGUCAAGGAGUCCAAGAGACAGUUCAUAUUUGAUGUGGUCAAUGAAGGUGGAGAGCAGGAGAAGAUGGAAUUGUUUGUUAACUUCUGUGAAGACACCAUAUUUGAGAUGCAGUUGGCCUCCCAAAUCUCUGAGUCUGAUGCAGCUGAGCGGCCCGAGGAAGAAGAGGAUGAGGAAUCUCACCACGUGAUGGAAGUUGGAGAAGAGAAAGAAGAAGCCGAGUCUCUUGAAUCUUCUUCUGCUUUCAUCAUAGCUUGCGCAGCGCUUAAAAAGAACACGUCCAGUUUCCUGAAAAUGUUGACUUUAAAAAAUGUCGGCAAGCAGUUCCGGAAAGUGAAAAAAAAUGACCAUAAAGGAACUAGUGAAGUAUGGGGAGUAUUUCAGAUACUGUGGAGCACAGUUUUCGGAGGAGGCUUAGUAGAAGGGGCCAAAAAUAUUAAAGUCACCAAACUAUUGGGAGAUAUGCCCGAUCCAACGCAGUUUGGAAUCCACGACGAUGUCCUGGACACUGAAAAAGCAGAUGCCUCGGAACAUGGCUCGUCCGCAGAACUCACGCAUCUUCUAAAAGGAGAAAAAGGAGAUGCAGAGAUGUCGGAUGUAUUUGGCAUACAUUCGAAAAAAGAAGGUUCGAAGCACGGCCAUGACGUUGGGCUCGGCGACUUCUCUGAGGUUGUACAUGCAGAGAGUACCACCAGUUUAGAAAGUGCCGUCCAUAAGAAGAGAAAAGCUCUUGUAAGUAAUUGA